AUGAAGUUGAUAACUUCCAGGCCUGAGCAAGGAACUUCGUAUCAAGAGAACCCUUUGUAUGCUGUGUCAAAACGCUUUCUUGCAGCCCUUGAAUCGGCUGGCGCGGUAUCAUUGCUCUAUCUGCAGGCUAUGCUGUUGGUCGCGUAUUAUGAGUACGGCCAUGCGAUAUAUCCAGCCGCAUGGAUGACCAUCGGUGCCUGCUCCCGUUAUUCUGAAAUCCUAGGACUGCCUUCGCAGACUGACUUAUACAACACUCUAGAGCGGAGUACAACUUGGACAGAAGCGGAAGAGAGGAGAAGAGUAUGGUGGGGUGUCUUUAUUUUAGACAGAGCCAUUUCCAUUGGGAGUCAGAGAAAGUUCAGUGCCCCCGAUCCGAAGGACACCGAUCUUCUUCCUGUUGAUGAUAGUGCUUGGAUGCGCGGUAGAGAACCAAUCAUUGAUAAGAAAUCGUUCAUUGUGUCAGGAUGA